AAAUCCGAAAAUCCUUUCUCCGAAAUGUACAUUUCCGUGUGCGCAUGCGUUGUGCUUCUAAAUUCCAACUGAUUGUUGACAUAUAAUUUCUAACUGAAACUAAGGUGUCAAAAAUCGACUAUGACAGACGCCGAUGGAGAAGUUGUGGCCAAGAUCCACUACUACUGUAGGGAAGGCUAUUACUGCCACAUGGAGGAAGCAGCUAAUGAUGGGCUGAAGAAAUAUGCAAAUGACAGUGUUCUUAAAUUUUACAGAGCUUAUGCCAUGGUCUUGCAAGAUCGUGUCCAAGAAGGUAUUCGUGAACUGGAUAUCCUGAAGGACAAACGUGAUGUGAACCUUUGUUCUACCAUGGCCCUCAUGUUGGCUCAUAAGAAAGUGCAGUCUGCUGAUCGUGAAGCUGUCACAGAACUAGAUGCAAAACUUAAGGAAGAAAGGAAACAAUCUGGAGAAAUGGGGUUAUACUAUGCUGGUCUAUUCCUGUUCCUGACUGGAAAGCAUGACAAGGCCCGAGAAUACAUAGACAGGAUGCUGAAGCUAAAUGCUGAAAACGGUGAUGGUCUGGUGUUGAAAGGCUGGAUUGAGCUCAUGAGUGGUAGAGAAGUUAAGAAAGCUUUGAAGUUCUUUGAUGAUGCUUUAGCCAAACAAGGUGGGAGUAAGAACAUUGAUGGUCUGUUUGGUAAAUCCCGUAACUUUGAGGCAAAGCACAACUACAGCGGUGCUCUGGAUGCAGUCAAUCAAGUGAUUGUGCAUUUCCCAAACUUCUUACCUGCCUUGAUUGAGAAAAUGAGGCUGCAACUCUGUCUACAAGAUUGGGAGUCCACAGUAGAAACAUCUCAAAGAGCCCUGGGAGUGGACCUGCACUGUCUGGAAGCCAUGCGCUACCAGGCCCUACAUCUGCUGUGCAGGGAGGGCAACUAUCCAGAGGCUGCCAGCAAGAUCGGAGACAUCAUUACCACUCUAGACCGGUUUGAGUCUAAGAAUGCGUCCCUCUACUGCAGUAUGGCGGAGGUCUUCUGCAGGAUGUGUGGUCGAAACCCUUUGGUCCUCCAGCAGACGUACACUCUGAUGGAGCGUGCAGUCAGUCUGAGCUCGGGCAGCGCAGAGUACAUCACAGAGCUGGGCUUCCAGCUGCUGCUACAGGGCAAGGUCAAGGACGCGCUGCGGUGCUACAAGAACGCCAUGAAGAUUGACGAGACCAGUGUAGCUGCUUUGACUGGCAUCAUCCGCUGUCAGUUGCACGAGAACCAGAUAGAUGAUGCUGCACAGCAGUUGGAAUUCCUAGGUGAAAUCCAGCAGAGCAUUGGAACAUCCACUGACCUUUUAUACAUGAGUGCAGUGUUGGCCAUCAAGAGGUCUGCAGGGCCGGAGAAAUGUAUCGAACAACUCAACAACUGUAUUGAAACACAUUUCAAAGCCUUGAAGGAUGAAGGGUUUGGACGCAUCAAAGAGGGUGAUGGCUUUCCGUUGGGACUUCAGUACUUCAAGAUGCUCAACCCAGACUUCCUGCUGCAGGUCAUCAAGGAUUAUCUGUUGUUUGCCCCUCAGAAGCCGGUGACGCCAGGGCAGGCAGUGAACCCAGUACUGAAGCGCUGUAACCAGGUGCUGGACCCACUGACCCGGGCUGUUCCAGGCCUGCUGGAGGCCCUCUUCCUAAUGGGCCAUGUUAAGUUCCUAGCAGGUGAGGUAGAGCCAGCCCAGUCCACUCUACAGCACUGUAUAGAGGUGGAGCCCACAUUCUCUGAUGCCCACAUCCUCAUGGCCCAGAUACACCUGCACCAGAACAACUUCAAGCUGGCCAACCAAUCACUGGAAGUCGGCCUUAGCCACAACUUUGAGGUACGAGAUCACCCGCUGUACCACCUGAUCAAGGCUCGUAUACAGAAGAAGCAGGGGGAGAAUGAGGAGGCAGUGCGCACACUUCAGAUGGCCAUGUCGCUGCCGGGAAUUAAAGGUGCCCGUGCGGGGUCAGCAUCAUCAAAGCGACCAGUGAAAACCAGCAUCAGCACCAAUGAUCGUGUGUCAGUAUACCUGGAGCUAGCAGAGGCCCUGAGGCUGCUGGGAAAUCAGCAUGAGGCUGCUAAGAUCAUGCAGGAUGCCAUCAAUGACUUCCAAGGCACCGGGGAAGAAAUGCGUAUCACCAUCGCCAACGCAGACCUGUCAAUCGCCCGCGGCGAUGUGGAAUCCGCCCUCACCAUGCUGCGAAACAUCGGCCCUAAUCAGCCUUACUUCGUGCAGGCUCGGGAGAAGAUGGCGGAUAUAUAUCUGCACCAUCGCAAAGACAAGAAACUGUAUGCCAGCUGUUACAGGGAGUUGGUGGAGAAGAAUCCAAGUCCACACACCUGCCUGUUGCUAGGUGAUGCCUACAUGAGCAUUCAAGAGCCUGAGAAAGCCAUAGAGGUGUAUGAGUCUGCCUUGAAGAAGAAUCCCAAGGAUGGGACGCUGGCCAGCAAGAUCGGGCAGGCCCUUGUCAAGACUCACAAUUAUGGCAAGGCCAUCAACUAUUAUGAGGCUGCACUACGCUCUACUGGUCAGAGUUUCCUGCGCUAUGAUCUGGCUGAGCUGCUUCUCAAGUUGAAACACUACGACAAAGCGGAGAAGGUUCUAAAAGUUGCACUGGAAGAGGAGCAAAAUGGAGAGUUGGACAUCAUGAUUGACCACACCAGGUUCAUGGUGCUGUUGGCCAAGGUCUAUGAAAAAAGCGCACGCACAGAGGAUGCCAUCUUGUCACUAACAAAAGGACGAGAAAUGCAGGCCAGGGUUCUGAAGAGGGUACAGCUGGAGCAACCGGAUGCUGUUACAGCACAGAAACAACUGGCCACAGAUAUUUGCAGUCAGAUGGCCCAGCACUGGAGUAACCAACGAGACUUUGAGAAGGCCAUCACACUGUACAAGGAGGCCUUGGUGUACAAUGAAAAUGACGGCAAGAUCAUGCUGGAUGUUGCUGGCCUGUACCUGACCACAGGUGACCUGGAUGCCUGUCAACACCAGCUGAUGACACUUCUCAAGAGUGACAAGGAAAAUGAUGCAGCCACCAUUAUGCUAGCUGAUCUGAUGUUUCGCAAGAAUGAAUAUGACUCUGCCAUGUUCCACUUCCAACAGCUACUGCAGCUCAAAGCAGACAAUUAUGAGGCAUUGGCCAGACUGGUUGACCUCAUGAGACGUGCAGGCAAGCUAGAAGAGGUACCCAAGUUCCUUGACCUCGCAGAGAACGCCUCUCCUCGCGCAAAGAUAGAGGCUGGGUUUAACUACUGUAAAGGUCUAUACGAAUGGUACACAGGGAACCCUACAGCAGCCCUGAAGCUGUUCAACAUGGCUCGUAAGGACUCCGACUGGGGCCACCAGGCUACAUACAAUAUGGUGGAGAUUUGCCUCAACCCUGACAGCGAGACCAUCGGAGGAGAGGUGUUUGAAAGCGUUGAAGGAGGAGAAGUCGCUGCCAAUGAAAGCAGAGAGAAGACAGACAGUGAGCAAAUGGCUGUAAGAACUGCGGAAAAGCUGCUAAAGGAUUUGAAGCCAAAGGCUGGUGAUCAGCGACCAACCUACCUGCUGAAUAUGGCCCUCAUAGCCACGAAACAGAAGGCCAAUGUGGAGAAGGCAAUCAACAGCUUCAUGGAGAUGGUCUCAGACGAGAAAGUAAAACCAAAGUCUCGGGAGAAUGUUGGUGCCCUGUAUGGCGUGGCUGCAGGCUACAUGGUCCUCAAGCAGACACCCAGGGCCAGGAACCAGCUGAAACGGGUUGCCAAGACCAACUGGAACAUGGUGGAUGCAGAAGACCUUGAGAAGUCCUGGCUGCUAUUAGCUGACAUAUAUAUUCAGUCAGGAAAAUAUGACAUGGCCACAGAGUUGUUGAAAAGAGUCUUACAGCAUAACAAGUCCUGCUGUAAGGCCUAUGAAUACAGUGGUUUUAUCAUGGAGAAGGAACAGUCCUACAAAGACGCUGCCCUAAACUACGAGAACGCAUGGAAAUAUGGAAACAAAAACAAUCCUGUCAUAGGUUUCAAGCUGGCGUUCAACUACUUGAAAGCCAAGAGGAUGGUAGAUGCAAUAGAGAUCUGUCACCAUGUUUUAGCAUCACAUCCAAACUACCCCAAAAUCAAGAAGGAAAUUCUGGAUAAAGCCCGUCAGAGUCUACGAGUUUAGUGACAUUCAUGUGAUGAUUUAAGUGUUCAACUUUUCGCCCUGUAUUCACAUAGAUCCUUUGAGGAAAUUUAAGAAUUGUUUUUAUUCAUAAUGUUCUUUUUGCCUCUGGAUAUCUUUUGUGCAAAUCUUUUCAAAUGUAAGUGUUAUUGCAAUUUUAUGUGAAAUUUUAUUUUAUGCGCAGUUAAAGAUAAGAGUUUCUUAAUGAGUUUUGUGCAUUCCCCUUUGAGUGUGCAUACUCUAGUAUAGUACAUGUACUUGUGAAGAUUAAUGUUGUACAUGUGCUAGUCAUAGAGUGGCUGGAAACGAGUUUUUUUUGCAAUCAGAUAAUUCCUGUAGAUUACCCAUAAACGUCAAUGAAAAUGAAUUAUUUUAAGAUUCAUUUUGAUGAAAAUAUAUUUUAAAUGCUUGGACUAUGUGGGUGCCAUUCUUUUCUGAGAUUGGUAGCAGAAAAAGAAGAUUUAAAUGAACACAGUUUGAUUGGAAAUAAGACUGCUUGGCUGUUGUCUUCAGUGCAUCAUUUAGAGAUAUAAGUUUGCGUUAGUUCAAUGGUUAACUGCCUGUAUCUGACAAAUAUUGCGUGCUGUGUAAGAGGAAACUUUGUUUGUAUGUUAAAAAAGGUGUGUUUUAUUGAUGAAAAUUGGACCACAAAAGUGUGUGCAAUGUAAGAGAAAACUUUGUUAGAAUGUAAAAAAGGUGUUUUGUUGUUGAAAAUUGGAUCACAAAAGUGUGUGCUGUGAAAGAGGAAACUUUGUUAGAAUAUAAAAAAGGUGUGUUUUAUUGUUGAAAAUUUGAACACAAAGUGUGCGCUAUAUUUUCACAAGUUAAAAUCAACAUUUCACUUUUUGAAUUGAAUCUGUAUAUGGUACAGGAUGACACAUAGCAGUUACAUGUACUGAUGCAGUGCCUAAAUCUGCCACAUUUGUAAGUUAUUUUAAUGACAUUUUUUAAUAGGACAAUUCACAUAAAUUAAGUCAGGCUCAAUAUGCAAUUGUUUUGGAUUUCGAGAGCAUUUUUAGGAUAAAAUUUAGGAAAAUUAUAAGCCAUAUUUAAGGCCUAAAUUGUUUCAAAAAAUGAUAUUGAAAUUGCCAAAAUCUCUUACCCUCACAAACAAAUUCAAAUUUCUGGGAAAUAAUCUUUAUUGAUCAACAUAACAUUUCAAAAUGCUUAUUUUGCCAGCGUAUAAAGGACAGAUGCUGAAUUAGGCCCUGCUCCAAAAACUUGUUAUUAGUUUCUGAACUUUUAUUUAAACUGUAACAUAUUACCCUGUAGUUUACACAAUAAACUUAUUUGUUAAGAUCUAGCAUGUAAUAAUGCAUGUACAACCAAUCUUUUCAUACCAUAUUCUUUUAAUAUUGAUUUAUAUUAAUUAUCAAAGAUUUGCACAAAAUUGAAUUUAAAAAAAUUAAGCACACAUUUUUUGUGAUAAAUGUAGGCCUAUGUAUAUUGUUUGCUUAUUUAUUUAUUGUUGAUUGAUCCAGACAUUAUCAAACAUUCCGUCCAGGUGUGAUGAAUAUUAUUAAUUGAUAAUUGUUUAAGGAAUAUAUCUCAUUUAUAUCUUUACAUAUAUUUAUUUUUUGCCUUAUUGUAUUUUUACACAAUUUGUGAUCUACCAAAUAAGAUCUAUUGAAAUAAAUCUUAUUUUAUACUUAA